GGCGCUGACCUGAGGCGGGCGGGCGCCGCGGGGAUGGCGGCGGGCGGCGGCUCCCCGAGCAUCGUCGAGUUCUUCGGCGGGGAGGAUGGCUACCGCUGCGGCUACUGCAGGAGCGAUAACGGCAACCUCUCGCACGGUAUGUGGGCACAUUCGAUGACAGUUCAAGAUUACCAGGAUCUCAUAGACAGAGGAUGGCGAAGAAGUGGCAAAUAUGUCUACAAACCUAUCAUGAAUCAAACAUGUUGUCCUCAAUACACAAUAAGGUGCCAGGCUUUGCAUUUUCAGGCUUCCAAGUCCCACAAGAAGGUGCUGAAGAAAAUGUUGAAAUUUAUUUCCAAAGGAGAUGUUUCCAAAGUGGCAAGUGAAGAAGAGCCGAUGGAUUCCCAUACAGAGGAUGUGGCCACGUGUGAUUUUCCAUACAAAAGCGAGUCUCAGGUCAGUCAGUCUGAACUGACUCCCUUGGCUGUGGAUCACACUGAGGGGGUGGAGAAUGAAGAUAAGGGCUCAGGAGAAACAAAAGAAGAGGGGAAUGUGCAGAAGGUGGAAUCGGAUUCUGUUCAGAUCUGUGCAGACAAAGACACACCGGUCCCUGCAGAGCCAUCACAUUCAGCUAAAGCUGUUCAUGCACCACCUAAGCCAGGGAAAGGGGCUGAUCUGAGCAAGCCCCUGUGUCGGAAAGCAAAGGACAUAAGGAGAGAGAGAAAACUACAGAAGCUCCUGCAGAACCAGAUGGGCACAGCAGAAGGCUCUCAACUUCAAGGAGAUCAAGCUUUACUCUUGCAAAACUCUAAAUCUAAAACAAACCAGCCUAAAAACAUUGAAGACUUUGUAUUUGUCCCUCUACCUGAUGAUGCACGACACAAAUUAGAGGUGAGGUUAGUACCUGUCUCCUUUGAGGACCCCCAGUUCAAAGCAUCCUUCAACCAAUCUGCCACUUUAUUUGCCAAGUAUCAGAUGUCUGUUCACAAGGAGACACCUUCUGACUGUGGGGAGAACGAGUUCACACGAUUCCUCUGUGAUUCCCCUCUGGAGGCGGAGCACGCCCCAAACGGGCCGGAAUGUGGCUAUGGCUCCUUCCACCAGCAGUACUGGCUGGAUGGGAAGAUAAUUGCUGUUGGUGUCAUUGAUAUCCUGCCCUACUGUGUGUCCUCGGUCUAUCUGUACUACGACCCAGACUUCUCUUUCUUAUCUUUGGGAGUCUACUCUGCCUUACGGGAAAUUGCUUUUACUAGACAGCUUCAUGAAAAAGCUCCUGAUCUCUGUUUUUAUUACAUGGGUUUCUACAUUCAUUCAUGCCCGAAAAUGAGAUACAAGGGUCAGUACAGGCCCUCAGACCUGCUGUGUCCAGAGACCUACGUGUGGACACCCAUUGAGCAAUGCCUGCCCCUGCUCGAGCACUCCAAAUACUCCCGCUUCAACCAGGAUGGAAACGCAGUCGAUGAAGGUCGCCUGAAGGAGCUGGGCAGGGUGAAGGUGCUCCACAAGAGAACCGUGAUGCCUUACAGCGUGUACAAGAAGAGGAGGAAGGGGCCGAGUGACGAGGCCAGCGUGCAGCAGUAUGCGAGCCUGGUGGGACAGACCUGUUCAGAGAGGAUGCUGCUGUUCAGGAGCUGAAAGCCCGUGAGAUGGCCCCUGUUUCAAUGGCCCCACAUUUCAUUGCACUGCCCCCGGGUGCGCUGUCCCAUAGUCGUGUGCUGGUGUGCCCACUGAGAUAGGCUGAAACACAGGUACAUAGCCAGGCUUGUGUCGAUACGUGGUACUGUGCGUAAAGGUCACCUCCAGUGAAUCUUACAGUACAGCAAGGCUUCAGCAAUAUCAGUUUAGAAAAAACAACGCUUGCAGUAUAUUUUAAUUAAGUAGUUCUAGCCUUUCUAUGCAUUAUGAAUAAUUAAGUAUCUAAGCGAAAUGAAAACCAGGUGUCUUUUUUCUUUCUUCUUCUUUUUUUUUUUUCUUUUUUUCUUUUUCGUUUUGUUUUGGUUUUUUUGGUAGAGACAAAGGUUGACUGAAUCUAGAUUAAGAAUCAUUAAAUUACAGAUGUUUUCAAAUAGCACCUUGGCUAUCUGUUGUUAAAAAUUGCUGUGAAAUUUGUGCUCACGUUUGUAUGCUCCUAAAAUCUUGCAAGAGAACUGAAACAUGCUCUUACUUUCCGGCAUGAUACAAUUUUAUUCCAGCAGUACAUUUGAAAAACAGGAAGAAAUUAUUUUCACUGCACACUCUUCAUUUGUUUCAAGCAGUAAGUCGGUGUCAGAGGUCCUAGCAAGUGGAGGAGUUGGUGGUGGGUUCUCAGUGGCAGGGGAUGAUGCAGUGCUUUGGAAAACUUUCCCCUUCAGAGAAGAAGCAGAACAGUUGCACUAUAAAUAUACCAAAGAUAUGCAGCCAAGUGGCACAGUGGUUUUUGGUAUAAGCCUUAUCCUUUGUCUAACGAGAGUGGGUGUUUCAAUGCACAUGGCUAAUGGGAAAUAGAGCUCGGGAGGUUUAUCCUGCAGCUCUCAGUGCACAUUUCAGAACUAUGCUAACAAACACAAGAUAUAAGGUACCACUGCUGGGUUUUGUUGCAGGUGCUUUUUUUUUUCCUGCAGAAUAGUACAGGAAAACUUAAAUACCAUAUUCCAGCUUUUUUACUGACUGUUUUGUUUCUGGUGCAGCAGCUCACGGGCUAACAUCCUUAAUGACAUUUUAGUAAAUACUUCUGUUGGAAACACAGGAAGUUGUGAUCCUUUGUGAAAGCACUUUAUUAUCUCAUCUAUAGACGUUGUCUAUGUCCCUAUUAAGUCAUAUAAGUUGGAGGAAUUUGGGGAAAUAACGCUGUUGUAUAAUUCAGUAAUGUAUUACAACACUGUAACACUACCAAUGCAUUUGUGUUUCUUAUCUUCUUGGAUAACAGGGCCUGGUAUUUACCUUGAAUCAACUUGGAGUUUCCUGUUAGCCUUUGAACAAAGAUUCUUAUUCAAGGAUUUGUGGGUGGUUUUCCCCCAGAAAGGAAACAAAUUCAGUUUUACCCUCUGAGGGUUACAUCUCCUAUCAUUCAUGGAUUCAUUGAUUUCAUUUUAAACACUUGGCCAAUAUUAUUAAUCAUUAGUUUUUAUGUGGAGCAGACGUAAGAACUCGGGGAAUCAAGUGCAAUGCAGAUUUAACUUUGUUUUUCCAUAUCUAUUUGAUACGAAAUUAGUGUAUAUUGUAAUGUUAUUGACAGUACAGCUUCAAUAGCAACUUUAAAAAGCCAUUUUGUGUUUUAUUAAUUGGGCUGCAUGGUAUUGAUCUGCCCCCAGCCUGCAGCAGAAAUGGUCAUUCACGUCAGCAUCAUAUCUGGUGUGUGUUUAUCUGUUGCCUGGUACUGAGAAGUUUCUUUGCACUGUACCUUCUGGUUUGUCCAUGCCUUACCUCAGCCUCCUGCCAUGGGGAGAACCACUGAAUAACCCUCAUGAAGAGUAUUGUGAAGAAUUCCUUUCUGUGGAGAAAAUACUCACACCACUCUGUCAAACAGUUCUCUGCCUGCACAGCGUGCUGGAAAGUGGUGAUGCCCAUAUGGCUUGCGACCAAAAUAAAUGAGAAAACCUUUUUAUGUGAUAUAAAAUCAGUUAACAGGCACUGAGGAAUUUCACUAUGAAUUGCAAUACCUUGAAGGUUAUCAAAGCCAUUUAAUGACAGCCUCGCUGAGCUCCUGGAGAAGUUAAAAGUUUUUGUUAAAUUUCAAGGGAGCAGACUUAAUGUCCCCACUGAGAGUUCCUGGAGAGCUCCGUCUCUUUGUGUCUGUAUUUGUUACUGAUAUGCCUUGGAUUAGGCUUUUAUCUGAUGCUCCGUUUCUCUUGGGGAGCUUUUAAGGACUGCAGUUAAAGGAAAGUGAUAGAAGUACAAACCUGAAAACGGAGCACAGCUUGAGGCUGUCCUUAGUGUGAGCACUGGAGGUAAAUGACCAUUUCCUGUGAGUCUGAAAUGGUGCUUUCACUUUCUGACCUCCACUGGGACUGCAGCACCACGGCAGACUGGGCUCCUGGCUCGUACUCAACUCAAAUAUGGAUUUAUAUUAAAAAGCAAAACCAGGCGACACUGAGAUUAACUCGAAAACUGAGUUCAUCUCCUGUGGUUUGCUGAGAUCUGACUCACUCUGGUGUUAUUUUAGGAGGAAACUGGUGCAGUAUUUUUGAGGACUGAUACCUCUAUCCCUGUUUUUGGAAGGGGGACAGAGGCUGAGGAUGAAGUUCUGUAAAUUUUGCCUGUGACUUCAGUGGAGCUGAAAAUUCACCACUAUUGCAAUAUUAUUUAAUAUAUUGUCAUUGACGAUUAUUGAAUUUAGAGAUAUUUAACUUAGCACAAACUAUUUUAUAAAAGGUUUUUUGUGUAACUGGUUUGUGAGAGUCAAUCUCCUAUGUAAGGUUGCCUUGUUCUGUCAUCUGUUGAUAAAUGAGCAUAAAAUGGUGGUAAGAAAAUGCAGAGUUGUGAGCAGUGCUAAAAAAUGCUAUUUUUUGUAUGAAUUGGAAAGAAAUGGGAAGCUUACACAUGUCCAGCAUCAACACGUGUCAGUAAAUUCAAGAACCUGCAUGUUGUUUGUAAUUGCUUUUUAGCAGGCCUGUUUGACUUGCAAGUGUAGAAAAUAAAGUUAUUUCCAGUCUCUGUGAA